UAAAAGCAGUAGAUACACAUGCAGCGGAAGUUUUGUAAACGCAGUGAAAAAUCACUGAAUCCAUAAACAAUUUUGCGAAAUAUUUCGUCUUUGUCAGGUUAUUUUUUCUAUGGUCAUUUCUUUUAAAAAUGCCUCCACUAAAGGAUACUGACGUGUUUACUCUGCUCUAAGCAGAGACUAUGUUAAGACUGCCUGGGUUUCUUAGUGUUGUACGCAGGGCUCUCUGUGACGCCGCAGAAGAAAUGGGAAAGAAGGGUAGCUUUUUCUACGCUGUGAGAAAAGGAUUUAGACCGGGAGUGUAUCAGACAUGGGAGGAAUGUAAACAUCAGGUGGACAAGUUUCCUUCUGCGGUUUUUAAGAAGUUCGCUUCUGAACAGGAGGCUUGGACCUUUGUGAGGAGCCAGUCAGCUGCACCAUCUUUUGGGAAACCAAAAGGAUGUGACUAUGAGGUCCUGCCUCCUAGAAAUGUGCCUGAUGCCUCAACGGCUGUUCCCCUUGGAAGAAAAAGGACCCAUGAGGACUCUAAUGAUGAGGGACUGUCCUAUCCAAAACGAGUGAAGCUCAUUGAGGUCCCACAGCCAAAGACAGCUGCAGCUAGUAGUGAUGGAUUUACAUAUAUGGGUGAUGCUGUAGUAGUAUACACUGAUGGCUGUUGCACAGCCAAUGGCAAACAAGGAGCACGUGCAGGAAUUGGUGUAUAUUGGGGUCGUGAUCAUCCACUUAAUGUGGCUGAUAGGCUUCCAGGAAGACAGACUAACCAAAGAGCAGAAUUGCAGGCUGCUUGCAAGGCACUUGAGCAAGCCAGAGAAAAUAAUUUUAAAAAGGUUGUGCUAUACACGGACAGCAAGUUCACCAUUAAUGGCAUUACAAGCUGGGUAAAGACUUGGAAGUCUAAUGGCUGGAGGCUUAAAGGUGGUGGGGCCAUAGUCAACAAGGACGACUUCCAAAAGCUGGAUAAACUGAAUGCAGAACUUGAGGUCGUAUGGAUGCACAUUCCUGGUCAUGCUGGGUAUACAGGCAAUGAGGAAGCAGACAGACUGUCCAGAGAGGGAGCAGCAAAGCCCCCAUGUUAGUCCACUGUUGUUAUGCUCAUUUUAUAAUCAUACAUUAUAUCUAGGUGCCUAGGACGAGGUUGUAGUUUGUUUGCCCUCAGUGGCUAAUGCACUUUUUUUAUUUUAGUUGUGCAAGUGUUGUAAAGUUGCAAAAAACACUUGAAACAAGUUUUCUUUUCUGAAGAGCGAUGCUUAUCUAUUAAAUGUUUGUUUUUGAUUGUUCUGUCAAUUAAAUUGUCAUAUAUAUUGUUCCUGA